CCCUUAAAAAAAAAAAAGACGAGCUGAAGCAAGCCACUUGGGCAAAGGGCAUAAUGAGCUCCCUUGCUCACUUUUCCUCACACUGGUGUCGUUGUUGGUAUCUUUUACGGGAAGACUGGAAGUCUCGCGAAUGAAUGAAUGUCUGGAAUCACUCAAUGAGAUCCGAACCUGCGAUGUGCACGAACGGAUCCGCAAGUUGCUUGACCAAGGUGACCCAACGGGACUACUAGCCUUACUCUCUCACGUCCAAUUGACCGAACAUGGAGAGCUUCAGCUGUCGCUCUUACGUGAUAUCGAUAUGGCGAGUCGGCUCAUGGAACUGACAGAUGUAUAUCAUCAAUUUGUCGUCCAACGACUGAUCAAGGCCCAAUUGCUGCACUCAGAGCAGUGGUCGUCGAUGGAUCUACAUGGAAACGAACGCGUAAUAUUGCUUCACCAGCGUCUUAAGAUGAUCCGUGGACUGGUCCAGCGACUGGCCGACCCUCAUGAAGACCUCUUGGGCCAGCAGAGAGGUAUCUUGGAGCUAUUUCAUAGCCUGCUCAAGCAUCAUAGGCAUUUGGUCCGUCGUGUGAUGAACAUGGAAAAGGAUGAUGACAACAUCGCGGACGAAAAUCACGUCGCACCAAUUAUCCUGCACGAACUGGCACUAUCCAGGUUUUGGAGAUCGAGCUUCAAUGGUCUCCUGAAAUCAGCGGGAUUACAGCACGUUCUUUUGAUACUCCUUAUCGACAUCGAGAAAGUCCACAGUGAAAAUUCAGGCAACGAUCCAUCGGUCAGGAAAAAUCUUGAAAUCUGCCACGCAGCCAUCGUGGAUUCAUUGGAUCAGCUGCUGAAUGUUUCUCAGUUUGCUCCGCAGGCUCACAGAAAACUGUUUGAAUUGAUAUGCUUGAUUCUUAAAUCCUCCGCCCGGCCUUUAUCAGGAUUGCAGCAGGAGAACGACUUGGAUCAAGCCCUGGAGCUACCCAUCCACAUCUUCACGUCCCUAGCACCGAUAGCACACCAGCUCAUGAUCGCGCUGAGCGAACGGGACCCACAUCUGGAUUAUUUUUCUAGAGGGACGACAUUUAUUUUGGGCAGUAGUCCGGCAUACUCAAGUAUCCAGCAGGAACCAUUAAAGGCACUGGCCUUAAAUCCAGAGGCAAUCCGCCAGCUGGGUCAUGUAUUUUUGACCGCAGUACUAUCGACUCUGGAUAUCCUUGCAGUUAUGGACCGCCUGAGUAAUGAUAUCUACGAAUCCAGGGGCAGAGAUCUCAUUGACAUACACGCAUCGCAACUUCAGACGUCUUUACCAGCACUUUUAUCGUUUAUCGAGGAUUGGACAGGACCCGUAACCUUGAGAUACCUGCUGAUGAUUUAUGGAGAAGAUGAUGCAGGCGUCUCUCGGCUUCUGAAGACUAUGUCUCAGGUCCAUCAAAGGCUGGACGACCUUCUACACUCCACACACGGUCACCAUUCCGCAUCAUCACCGACACCCACUGCGCUGGAAUAUCUGGACAGGAUAUACGAACACCUUCAUCGUCAUGUACACCCAGUCGAGGCCCUGUUUCUAUUCCUGGAGACGAUCGGGUACGAUGGCCUGACACUACUGGACCUGCUACUCACAAUGGACGACCAUGAGACUGGCGGUAUGCUUGCGGCGGUGAUGACAAUACUGAGGAACUUUACAGAGCGAGAGCUGGAUCAGCAGACCCUUGUCGCGCGAUGGCGGCAGGCAGUCACGGACGAGGAUAAAAAGAGUAUGACACAGUCUGUAGGCGGCAAUGGUCCCAUGGACAACGACCAGAUCAAGCGACUUUCGCGAAGCGAAUAUAGCGACAACGACAACGACAACGACAACGACAACGACAACGACGACAUGCCAAAUACGAGAACCCAGUUGUUUAAUGUCGAUCUCUGCCUCACGCGUCUUGUUGGCCAGAUUCGACGGUUGCACGAAAAGGAUCUAUUCCCGUACAACCCUCGAGCACUUCUGAUCGUUCUCGAUCGGACGCGGGAUGUGCUAUUGUCGAUUAUCAGCCAGUGAAUAGCAGUGUCAUUUCCUGAACACCCGAGGAGGGUGUUUUAUUUAUCAAGUAAAGUGUAAAGUAUGGUCCGUGAAGAAUGAAUAAUGGAUAAUAAUAAUAGUGAAACAACGAACAAACUGUACAUGACAGAGACGGUAAAAAAAA